AUUCGAAUCAUCAUCAUCAUCUUCAAAACGCCAGCAUUUCUCGGAGUCGUCGUCUCCAAAGUUCUUCCUUUUUGUCAUCUUUACUCACAACACAGCUUUGGAUUCUCUGUUCUGUUUUCUUCAUAUAUUUCUGUAAGAUCCGAACAGAAUUGCUUCAAUUCUCUCGCCAAACUCUCUACCGAUCUAAUGGUGGUUAAGAUGAUGAGAUGGCGGCCAUGGCCGCCCCUUCUAUCGAAGAAAUUCGAAGUUAGGUUAGUCGUUCGUAGGUAUAAUCCGGCGAUUGUACUGGAAUCGGAGGAAUCGAAGAAGAUGACGGUGGAGAUCAGGUGGAAAGGAUCUAAGUUUGCCCUAAGUCCUUUCCGACGAACUAUUAAGAGGAAUUUCACUAAGGAGGGAAGGAUUGGAGAAAACGGUGUCGUAUAUUGGGAGGAAGAGUUUCAAUGCGCAUGUGGUAUUUCUGGUUACAAAGACAAUGUUUUCCAUCCUUGGGAGAUCUCUUUGACACUGUUGAAUAACUUGAAUCUAGGGCAGAAGAAUAAGGUGUUUAUUGUGGGAACAACAUUAUUGAAUCUUGCUGAAUUUGCUUCUAAAGCUGAUGAGAAUGAGUUUGAUCUUAAUAUUCCUGUCAUCUCUGCCAGUUCAUCUGAUCAGUGUGGUUCACUUUUGAUAUCACUCAGUUUGUUGGAGAUGAGAACAAUUCAAGAUUCUGCAGAUUCAAUUCAUAGGUCAAUAGUUCUGUCUCCUCCCCAUAUGGUAAAGAUGUUUACUGACUAUGUCUCAAUAAAAAGAACAAAAAAGGGUUAUAAUGGGGAAGAUGGUGGCAGUGAAGGAAAAUCAUCUGUUAGAAGUGAAGAUGGUGACUAUACUUACCCAUUUGAUUCUGAAUCAUCAUCUGAUGAAUCUGAAAAAGUGGAUUCUGAUGAAGGGAAAGUGAAUCCAACUGUUAGAAAAUCGUUUAGUUAUGGAUCACUAGCUAGUACGAGAAUAAAAGGGAAUGAUGAAGAUUGGGUAUAUUAUAGCCACCGAAAGGAAGCAGCAGAUGUUGGUUGUUGUUCGAGUAUGGAAGAUUCCAUUGUCUCUGUUUCAGAGACUACUUUGUUACAGAGCUCAAAACGCAGUAUCCUGCCUUGGAGGAAAAGGAAGAUGAACUUCAGAUCUCCUAAAACAAAAGGAGAGCCUCUAUUGAAGAAAGCUUAUGGAGAAGAAGGUGGGGAUGAUAUUGACUUUGAUAGGCGACAACUAAGCUCUGAUGAAUCACUUUCUUUCGGGUGGUACAAGACCGACGAAGAAUCAACUGUAAAUCAAUCGCCAAUAUCUGAAUUUGGAGAUGAUAACUUUGCUAUAGGCAGCUGGUCACAAAUGGAGAUAACAAGCCGCGAUGGAAAUAUGAAACUUCAAACCGAGGUUUUCUUUGCUUCUAUAGAUCAACGAAGCGAAAAAGCUGCAGGUGAGAGUGCUUGUACUGCCCUUGUAGCUGUUAUAGCCGACUGGUUCCAGAAGAACCGCGGUCUCAUGCCAAUUAAGUCACAAUUCGACAGUCUAAUUAGAGAAGGUUCAUUAGAAUGGAGAAACCUCUGCAACAACGAGAUCUAUAUGGAAAAGUUUCCAGAUAAACAUCUUGAUCUAGAAACUGUUUUACAAGCCAAAAUUCGUCCUCUUUCUGUUAAUAGCCAGAAAUCCUUUGUGGGGUUUUUCCAUCCAGAUAAUGACAUGGAUGAAACCGAAGGAAGAUUUGAUUUCUUGCAAAGUGCAAUGUCAUUUGACAACAUAUGGGAUGAGAUCAGUAACGACGAAUACCCUCAAGUUCAUAUAAUCAGUUGGAAUGAUCAUUUUUUUAUCCUGAAGAUCGAGGAAGAAGCUUAUUACAUAAUUGACACAUUAGGUGAAAGGCUACAAGAGGGUUGUCGCGAGGCUUACAUCUUGAAAUUCGAUAAGAACAGCAAGAUAUACCAACUGCCCAAUACUAAUCAUCAAUCUUUAGAGGAAAAACCUGUUGAAGAUCAUCAAGAACAACCAGUUGUUGUCGAUAAGGAUUCAACCGAGAUUGUUUGUGAAGGGAAGGAAUCAUGUAAAGAGUAUAUAAAGAGGUUCUUGGCUGCUAUACCAAUAAGAGAAUUGCAGGCAGAGAUUAAGAAGGGUUUAAUAACUUCUUCAACUCCACUUCAUCAUAGGUUACAAAUUGAGUUCCAUUUCACCCAGAUACAACCAGAGGCUCAAACACUUGAAAAUAAUAACUGUUGAUUCUUAAAUGUGAUUAGUUAUAGUUUCUAAUUAUUACCUUAAAUUCACAAUUAAUGUUUGUGGGUUAUAAUAUAAAAUGUUUACCUUUUGUUUUGGCUUGAAGAUCC